CUGCCCUGUGCUUCAGUUACUAGAACUCACUUCUUUUCUUUUACACUUUUACCCUCUAAAAUGAAUCUAAUAAUGAAAUAAAAAGUCUCCAGCUAUGCCUUUGUGUUCAUUUUUUUUAAAUAAGUGUUAUAUGUUGUGGUAACGGUAAGCCUUGGUUUUUGCAUCUUCUGUGUAGGCAGGAGCAGAUGCCAUGCUGGGUAGGACAAUCUGGGGUGUCCUAGGUUUGGGUGCCUUUGGAUUUCAGUUGAAAGAAGUGCCAGCUGGGAAACACAUCAUCACUACUACCCGUUCACACAGCAGUAAGCUGGUAAAUGACUGCAUUAGUGCAAUGAACCCUGAUAAUGUGGUGAGAGUCGGAGGUGCAGGAAAUAAGAUCAUUCAACUGAUAGAAGGCAAGGCUUCUGCUUAUGUGUUUGCUAGUCCCGGGUGCAAGAAGUGGGAUACAUGUGCUCCCGAGGCUAUUUUACAUGCUGUGGGAGGCAAGCUGACUGAUAUCCAUGGAAAUCCUCUUCAUUAUAACAAGGAGGUGAAACACAUGAAUUCAGCAGGGGUCCUUGCCACGUUGAGAAACUUUGACUACUAUGCCAGUCGUGUUCCAGAGAGUGUUAAACAAGCCCUUGUGCCUUAAAGGAGGAAGCCAACUGUGGAAAAAAAACAUUAACAUCAUAUUUCAAACUAACUGCCAAAUGAGCUUGAAAAUUAUUUUUUUUAUGAAAUCUGAGCCUAGAUUCAUUCUGAUAUUGUGCUGAUCAGUGAUUUGUUUCAGAAAUUAGUGUACAGAAUGUCUAGAUACACUGCUAAAUCUGAUUGUUUGGGGAGGGGGCAACCUACAGUUGUUUUACCAGGUAACAGGUUAGAGUUUUUCAAUAUUCACAGUAGAUGUUUUUCCUUCCCUUUGAAAGUAAGGAACCCAAGGAAAGUUCUGUUCAUGUGAAUAGAUUUUAUGCAAUUAUACUGUGUACAUUUGUAUCACAUAAUAAUGUCACAGUCCAAAUCUAUUUCCUUAACUUAUUUCAGGGCACGAAACCAUAGCCUGAAUUUGCUCAACAUCUUUUGUUGUACAUAGGCAGCAAUACUUAGUUUUGGUGGGUCCAACUGCUUAUAAUAAAGUUACUGUUACUGAUUCUUAAGCAUGACAUGCUUCCUUUUGUAAAUAGCAGUUUUUGACAUUUUGUACCAUUUUUCAGCAUGUAGAAACCCCUUUUAUUCUUGGUGUUGGGCUUAUUUCUCUCUGGUUUCAAUGAGGGUUUUUGUAGCAGUUUAGGUUUGUGGGGGAUAGUAAUGAAGCAGUUUCGUUGCUACAGGAGUUAACGCUUCAUACAUGGGCAGCUCAAUUUCGGUUAUAUAUUUGAUAGUCCUAGGAUUUUGUAGCUGUUUCUAUAGCUAUCAGAACUAAGGUCUUUGCAUUUCAUCCUAACUCUAGAGGGUUCAUAUGUGUACUCAUUCCUAGUCAUAAUUCUGUAUUCAGCUUUUAAAAGUACAGUUGCUACAGAGUCAUUGACAGCCCCUGUCUCUGGCAAAGGCCCAGCAUAUCAACAGCAAGGCACUCUAUUGGUGCCUCCACAAAACACUGCUGCACAAGAGCUCGCCCAGUCUUUGCAAUGCAAGCAUCACAUUUCCUGCACCGGUUUUCUACAUCCUGCUUUCAUUUUACCCAGUACAGUUUUUCUCUUAGCUUGGCUAAGUUUUUUGCAACCCCAAAAUGUCCAGGAGUUUUUAAAUUGACAUAGCCUCAUAACCUCCUUUUUCAAUGUAUCUGUUACAACCAGCUGAUACUUAUACCUAUCACCAAUUGGUUUUUUUUCCCCCAUCUCCUAUAUAAUA